AUGUCUCCCUCGGCCGUCAACCCCACCACCGUCUCCGGCCUGACCGAGGCGGGCAUUGAGCACCACAUCGUCGAGCACCCGCCGUCCAGCGCCUCCAACGGACCCGAGCUGGCCAAACUCGAUGCCUCCAAGCUCACCACCACCUUCACCACGGCGCCGCGCCCCGUCCCGGAGCCCAACUCGCCCGAGGUGCUGGCGCAAAAGGUGUGCACCGACCACAUGAUCACCGUGUCGUGGACGGCGGACUACGGCUGGCACACGCCGGAGCUCAAGCCGUACGGGCCGCUCUCGCUGAUGCCGACGGCAUCCUGCCUGCACUACGCCACCGAGUGCUUCGAGGGCAUGAAGCUGUACCGCGGCUUCGACGGCAAGCUGCGCCUCUUCCGGCCCGACCGCAACGCCGCGCGACUCCUCACGUCGGCCAACCGCAUCUCGCUCCCUCCCUUCGACCCGGCGGAGCUGGAGACGCUCGUCGCCAAGCUCUGCGCGGUCGACGGGCCCAAGUGGCUGCCGGCGGGCUCGCGGGCGGGGCAGUUCCUCUACAUCCGGCCGACCUUCAUCGCCGACGACGAGGCGCUCGGGGUCAACGUGCCCAAGCGCGCGCUGCUGUACGUCAUCAUCUGCAACUUCCCCAACCUCGACAAGCCGACGGGGUCGCUCGCCACGCCGGGGCUCAAGCUGCUGGCCUCGCGCGACGACAUGGUGCGCGCCUGGCCGGGCGGCUUCGGCUACGCCAAGCUCGGCGCCAACUACGGGCCCAGCCUCAUCGCGCAGGGCGAGGCGCGCGCCCGCGGCUUCGACCAGAUCCUCUGGCUGCUCGGGCCCGACUCGCUCGUCACCGAGGCCGGCGCGUCCAACUUCUUCGUCGUCUGGCGCGCUGGGGGCAGCGACAACAACAAGCUCCAGCUCGUCACGGCGCCGCUCGACGACCGCAUCAUCCUCGACGGCGUGACGCGGCGCUCGGUGCUGGAGCUCGCGCGCACGCGGCUGGCGGGCAGCGGCGGGUGGGCGGGCGCCGACGCCGCCGAGGAGACGCUCGAGGGGCUGGAGAUUGUGGAGCGCAAGUUCACCAUGGCCGAGGUGGAGGAGGCGGCGGCCGAGGGGAGGCUCGUCGAGGCGUUUGCGGCCGGCACCGCCUUCUUCAUCGCGCCCGUGGGCUUGAUUCACUUCCGCGGCAAGGACAUCGAGGUGCCGCUCGCGGCGGGCGAGACGGGCAAGUACGCGCACGUCAUCAAGACUUGGUUGCGCAACAUCAUGUACGGCAAGGAGAGCCACGAGUGGGCUCGCGUCGUGCCCGACGAGGGCGUCGAGGCUUGA